AUGGACACGAAUAUUGGUGGAAACCUGAAGAAGACCAAGUACGCCGAAACGUUAGAGGAGCUGAACAAGGUCAAAGCUAGGGGAGAUCCUUUUGGUGACGAGCUCAAGGAUCAGUUGAAGUCUGUACGCACGCAGCACCUUAUGCUUUUAGAGAAGGUCCAUGAGCUGGUAACGAAGCUUGAUAAACAACAGGAGAUUUGUUCAAACAUAGUAGCCGUACCUCCCUUGGCGCAAGUUACUGCGUUUGGGUUGAACCUCUUGAGCACACCUUUAGGACUAUAUGUCAAUGAGAUGAUGAAGAACCGUGAGAAGGAUUUGGAUAAACAGAAAGAGGUGGUCAAUAUUAUGGAGAAAAAUACUAAUGUCAACAUCAAGUGGACAAAUACGGUACAUAGCCUAGUCGAGGAGCUUAUUGCGAGUCUCUCACUGAUUAUGGGGUCUGUGGAGGUUGCUGUGGGGAAAAGAGAAGAGGAGGCCGCAAAACCUGUGGUGGAAGCAAUCCUUAAGGAAGUGGAUGCGUUUGCUAGUACAAUUCGGGAAGUUGGUGAAGCUGUGGCUAAGUGUAUCUCAUGUGUUGCCUUUGGGAAACUACAAGUUCUGGAACACAUUACCAAUUCAGUGUCAUCGGAAGGGAAGUAG